CGAAAGCUGCGAUUAUCUAAUUUCGUGCAACUAGAAGUAUCCCCAUUAAAUUAUUCAUCGUAAUCUCUCUAUAAAACGGCAGACAAAGACAGCAGACAGCAUCAUUACAAUUCGAGUUGCCACGAGAGUGCUUAAAACAUGCGUUACGGGGUGGUAUUUGUGCUUCUGGUUCUUAGUGUACGAGGUGAUUAUUGGGCUGAUCGAGAUGCUUUCAUUAAGGAAGAGGCGAGUGAAACCGUAGGCGGGUCGAUCAAACUGAGCGAAAAGGAAGAAAAGGUAAAUCGGAUUUUAAUGCAGUAUAAAUUUCGGGAAAUGGACGCCGCUUUCCAAAACUCUCGCAAUUUCGCGCCCGGUCAACAUUUUUUCCAAGCGCGUCGACUAAUUGAAAAGUCGGAAGUGUUUAGGCUAAUCCAAACGAUGCCGAAGGGUGCACUUUUGCACGGUCACGACCUUUGCCUGGUAUCUAGCGAUUAUUUCUACGCUUUGACAUACAAAGAAAAUUUAUACGCGUGCAGCUCGAAUGGAAAUUUAAGAUUAAAGUUUUUUGAAAAUGGCCGUCAGGAUGAUACGUGCAAUUGGAAUCUGUUGAACGUGUUGAGGAUCAUCGACCCUUCAUACGACCGUUGGUUGAGAUCACAAAUUAAUCUCUACACCGCCCAUCCGAAGCAGAGAUAUCCAAACAUUAACGAUGUUUGGGGUACUUUUCAAAAUAUGAUUUUCGCCGUGGUCGACUUACUCACUUACAGACCAGUAUUCGAGGACUACUUUUACCAAGUGCUGAAAGAUCUUUACGAUGAUAACGUGAUGUAUAUGGAAUUUCGCGGAUUUUUACCACGUUUAUACGAACUCAACGGUACAAUCUACCAACCUCUUGAAACAAUUCGCUUUUAUGAAGAUACGAUUGCAAAAUUUAAGCGCGAUCACCCAAGAUUUCUAGGCGCCCGUCUCAUAUACGCUCCCCAUAAGGACGAUAAUGCCACCAUUCAAAGUUCGAUUGCAGUUGCCAAGGCAGCAAGGAAAAAUCAUCCAGAUUUUGUGAUUGGGUUUGAUCUGGUCGGUCAGGAAGAUACGCGUUUUCCAAUUAUCGCCUACCUAAAUGAGUUGAAGGAGCUUCAAGCCAUGGGAAUGGAUUUCUUCUUCCAUGCCGGCGAGACCAAUUGGUUCGAGACCAAGACCGAUUUUAAUUUAAUUGACGCGAUUUUAUUAGGAACCAGGCGUAUCGGACACGGAUACGCCAUCACCAAGCAUCCCAAAGUGAUGAAAAUUGUCAAGGAGCGACAAAUUGCUAUUGAGGUUUGCCCAAUUUCCAACCAGGUGCUUAUGUUAGUUGAUGACAUGCGUAACCAUCCUGCCGCGACGUUAAUGGCCCACGGAUUUCCGAUUGUAAUUAGUAACGACGACCCCACCUUCUGGGGCGCGAAAGGAUUAAGUCACGAUUUCUAUAUGGCUUUUAUGGGUAUUGCUGGAAGGACCGACGAUUUAAGGUUGCUGAAGCAGUUAGCACUCAAUUCGUUAACCUACAGCGCCUUAUCAAAAGACGAAAAGGAUGCAGCUAUAGCCGUCUGGGAAAAGGAAUGGGAAAGUUUUAUUGAUGCGACAAUUAGUAGACACGGAAAUGAAAUACCGCAUUAAUCGGAAUAAACGCUACUGUAUUCUAUUUUUGACUAAGAUGACGUGAUAAAAGAGUAUUUAAUUUAUUUAUUAUCUUUUAAGCUUUAAACAAAUAACAAUGUUUAAUAUACUAUCGAGAACUUUGUAA